AUGGGUGAUGAUAAACUUCGAUUAUCCGUCGGAAUUUUGGGAAACGGAGCUUCCUUGUUACUCUAUACAGCUCCAAUAUUAACAUUUUCAAGGGUGUUUAAGAAGAAAAGCACAGAAGAAUUCUCAUGUUUUCCUUACGUUAUGACACUCUUCAAUUGUUUGGUUUACACUUGGUACGGUUUACCAAUUGUGAGUCAUCUUUGGGAGAAUUUUCCUCUCGUUACCAUAAAUGGAGUCGGCAUCCUUCUCGAAUCAAUCUUCAUUUUCAUAUAUUUCUGCUACGCAUCGCCCAAAGAAAAGAUUAAGGUAGGUGUUGUAUUUGUUCCGGUGAUCGUUGUGUUUGGGUUAACGACGGCAAUCUCAGCCGUGGUGUUUGACGACCACCGCCACCGGAAGUCAUUUGUUGGAAGUGUUGGCCUCGUGGCUUCUGUCUCCAUGUAUGGUUCUCCUCUCGUCGUUAUGAAAAAAGUGAUAGAGACAAAAAGUGUGGAAUACAUGCCGUUUUACUUGUCAUUCUUCUCAUUUCUGGCUAGCUCUCUUUGGAUGGCCUAUGGUUUACUCAGCCAUGAUCUCUUUCUUGCGUCACCUAAUAUGGUGGGGACUCCAUUGGGGAUUCUCCAACUUAUCCUCUACUUUAAGUACAAGAACAAAAGGGAAGCACCAACAACAAUGGUGAUGGGCACGUGGACUGAUGAGAAAAACAAGACCACACUUAAUCUUGUAGUUGACAUUGAUGAUGGUGAUGCCAACGUGAAGAAUUUGAACAAUGCAUGUUAG